UUUACAGCGAGAAUGAAAAUGGAAAAAUGACGCUCUUGCUGGAUGGAGCGUGAGGCGCGCUCCCGCCGCUUCUACACCCCUUGCGCGCCGCCGCACCUUAGUGAUUUGACGAAAAGGAAAUAAGAGAAGGCGAGUGGAGAUUACGGUUAGCAUCAUCUUUCUGCUAGAAGGGACCAGGCAAACUGCCGCACAAGUCAUAUCUGCACCAUGAAGGACCGCACGCAGGAGCUCCGAGCUGGCAAGGAAAGUGAUGAGGAUGAUGAUGUGGCUGUUAGCCUGGACAAAGACCGCUUCAUGGAUGAGUUCUUUGAGCAGGUGGAGGAGAUCCGGGGGUACAUCGAGGCGCUCUCUGAGAAGGUGGAGGAUGUGAAGAGGAAGCACAGUGCCAUCCUAGCUGCGCCUAACCCGGAUGAAAAGACGAAGGCGGACCUGGAGCAGCUGAUGACCGACAUCAAGAAGCUGGCCAACAAAGUCCGCUCCAAGUUAAAGAGCAUCGAGCAGUCCAUUGAGCACGAGGAAGGCCUGAACAGGUCAUCUGCAGACCUGCGGAUACGCAAGACACAGCAUUCCACAUUGUCCCGCAAGUUCGUGGAGGUGAUGACGGAGUACAACGCCACCCAGUCGGACUACAGGGAGCGCUGCAAGGGGCGCAUCCAGCGGCAGCUGGAGAUCACUGGCAGGAACACCACGAACGACGAGCUGGAGAGCAUGCUGGAGAGCGACAACCCUGCCAUCUUCACCUCUGGGAUCAUCAUGGACUCCAACAUCACCGAGCAGGCCAUGAGUGAGAUCGAGACGCGGCACACUGAGAUCAUCAAGCUGGAGAACAGCAUCCGCGAGCUGCACGACAUGUUCAUGGACAUGGCCAUGCUGGUGGAGAGUCAGGGGGAGAUGAUUGAUCGCAUUGAGUACAACGUGGAGCACUCUGUGGAUUACGUGGAGCGAGCGGUCUCCGACACCAAGAAGGCGGUGAAGUACCAGAGUAAAGCUCGGAGGAAGAAAAUCAUGAUCAUUAUAUGCUGUGUGGUGUUAGGCAUUGUAAUAGCGUCCAGUGUUGCCGGGACGCUGGCUUAGAGCACACUGCUGCAGUAGUAGGAAAGAGUAUCCACAUGCCCAAACACAUGACUCUGAAACAGACACACACACACACACACACACACACACACACACACACACACUCCCUAUCUCUGCCUGUCAUCUUCACACAAGCACAUGCACAUGUUUUGAAAUAUAUUUUAAAAGAAGCGAGUCGCAUACUGUAAAACGAUGCACAAUGUACCGGAGGAGAUGUAUUUUUUAUGCAUGAGUUCUUUUUUUUUGUAAAUGUGUGUGGUUUUCGCGGUGUGUUUACCUGGGUGUUGAGUGUCGUAUGACAAAUUUUACAAAUGUUUUUGAGGUCUAAUUUUAAUGAGGGGGGUGGCGCGAGGGGGAUCUUGAAAAUGUUGCACGCACAUUCCAAACAAUGGCAUUUUCUAAUUAUUUUUCUAUUACAUUGGAAUAAGCAGCCUCUACACUAGUCUAUUUGUUGAUUUCUAAAACUAAUACAAAGAAAUGAUAGCUCUGUAUGAAUAUUUGGAGUAACAGCACCGGACGUUGAGCAGAACAGGAAACGGUGUAAUUUAAAGUAGUUUUACAUAAGUAAACAGAGACAAAAUUCCUGGGAGCCCCACUCUUCCCUCUUGACGUGCUGUACAAUAUGUCCUAGACCUGACUUUUGCAUGACAUCUCAGACGAUAUAAUGUUGUUCCGUGAAAAAAGAAAGUCGUGAAAAAUCUUUGUAUUUAGAUCAUUGCUUUUGGACUCAAUUCGGUGACGGCUGCCUAAGACUGGGAUUAUCGUCAGUCAGUAUUAUUAGACCAUCAAAAUUCCCCACCCCAAUCAUCAUAGUAAUGAGCUCUAGCAAGCUGCUACAAAGUAGCAUCUUCUGUCGUCCUUCCUUGGUUCUCGUUGAGUUCUGUUGUGAGGGUCUGCUAAACCGUGUGCGUCUUUACGUCACAGGAACCAUUCUGCCCGUCUGGUCCAAUUCCGCUGCAUAGUGGAGCUCUUUACUGCCUCGACAUUGAGUUUGAGUUAUAAUCCAAACUCAACUGCAAAUAGACAUAGUUAUGGGCUACACUUUAAGCUUACGAUGUACUCGGUGUUUUUCAAUGUAAUCCCUACCGUGCAACUGAUGUCAAUACCGGAGCCCAGCAUUGUGGGACGUCACACCCUUUCUCGUGUGCUUUUAAAUGUCCUGUGGUGCUGUUUUCGUUGCGUCUGGUCCGCGUGUGGACGUGCCUGACCUGACUACCUGAAUGGUCGCCUAAAUCAGCCAUCGAAUGCAUUCCAACAACUUAGAUUUCACAAAAAAUAUAUAAAUAAAUAAAGGAAAUAACAGCCACGUUGCCUACGCAAGCCGCUGCCUUUGUUGUGACGCUGCCAUGUUGUCCUUUGUGGUGAAGCUAGCCAGUGAAGAACUGAGUCACAUGGCAACACAUGACGAAUUCACACUCUGCUGGGGCUUUUUAACUGUGGACCAACGCUUCUCCUCUAACCAGGGCUUAGCUUAUGAACAGCACAUCCAUUUCACGCACAUCUGGCCGCCGAUCUCCAGCGGGGAGUCGUCCAGAGCGUCAUGGGCGCGACUGGUAGCACCGGCUGCGCUACCGGGACGCGGGUGGGCAAUGUGGCCCACAACCCCCCCACCAUUUAGUCACCACCCGCCUCGCAAAAAACAAGCGCGGCCAACUGAGCUGAACAACUGAACAAACGUACAAACAAACGAGAAAAUUAAAAGUGCAUGUUGCAGCCAUUUUGGAGUUUCGAUGUAUUGUCCUCGCUUUCGUACAGUGCCGUUAGUUAGAGGUGUGUCUUUGAACAGUCCCAUGAGGCCUGGGGCUUUGUUUCUGUUUGUGCUGGAGUAUUCCUGUAAAGGUUACUAGAGGGGUGCUUUCUCACAGUCUACACACCAUCAGCCCCCCCCCCGCCCCCAUGUACCAAAAGCUAUAA